AUGAAACGAACAAAUCAGGUAUCUCUUUUGGGUUUUUUUUGUAAGAAAGAGAGUCCAAAGCCCAAUGAACUUUUGUCAAUUGAAGAAGUAGGAAUAAAUAGAGCGGGGCCAUCCACAGAUACUGAUGACGAUGAAGUGAAGAAAGCCAGGAUCGAUUUGUGUUCGGCUCCGUCCGCAGCCGCAGCCAGGACGGGUUAUGAUAUUGGGAAAUACGUAUGUCAUCCUCCAAGCAAUGACGAGGAAAAGCUGAGAGCAUUAAAAGAGCCUUGGAUUCCUCCGGACACAUUUAAAUUUCCAGUCACUGACACCGGUAAAAAGAAACUUUCUUUUCAACGCCAUUGGACUAACAGGUACUCAUGGCUUGUAUAUUCAAACCUCAUGCAGGGAGCACUUUGCAAAGUAUGUGUUCUACUUGGAAAAACGCAAGGUGGUCGUGGUCAUCAAGAACUUGGAGCCUUUGUUAGUAAGUCAUUUAUUAACUGGAAGAAAGCUUUAGAGAGCUUUGAUCACCAUGCAGAUACGAAGUAUCACAAAUUUGCUGUUGAGCAGGCAGCAAAUUUUGCAAGGAUCAUGGAAGGAAAAACGCUUGAUGUUACAGAAUGCUUAAAUGUAGAAAACAAUAAAAUUGCCGAAGAGAACAGAAAAAGAUUAAAAGCCAUUGUUGAAACAAUUAUUCUUUGCGGAAGGCAAGCAAUAGCACUAAGAGGAAGUCAUGAUUCUGGAGAAAUUGGGAUAAAUGAGCCUGAACAUAAUGAUGAACUCGACGCUCGUUUUAAACCACAUGAAUCGACGAUCGAAGGAAUUCAAAUGCUGUUACCUGAAAAAACUAGUAAUGACUCCAGGAUAAAAGAAAAUCUUGAAAAAAUUGCACAAACAUUUCUUGGUGGAGAAAAUGAAGGCACAAUAUUUCUGAGUGAAUAUGAGAUAUGGCACAAUCACUGGAAAUCUGUAGCACAAAAACCUGCAACUGUGCUUGACGCUAUCGAUAACUGCGAUGAUCAGUUCUUCCCUUCAAUAAAAAAGCUUCUAAUUAUCUUAGCCACACUCCCAGUGUCCACUGCAACCCCUGAAAGAUCUUUCUCUACCUUAAAGAGGUUAAAAACUUACCUAAGAAAUAAAAUGGGCGAUGAAAGACUUACUGGUCUGGCUUUAAUGAGCGUACACCGAGAUCUGGCGGUGCAACUAGAUUCCGAAGAAAUUAUCAAUCAGUUAGCAAUAAAACGUAUGCCUAGAAAAUACAAAAGACGAGUGGGAUCGAGGAGGUAUGCAGAUUAUACAGCCGAAACUUUGCAAAUGUGUUUGGCUGAAAUCAGAAGUGGUGACAUAUCACACAGAAAAGCGGAACAAAAGUAUAAAAUUCCAAGAAGAACAAUUUUAAAUAAACUCAAAGGUAACCAUUGCAAAAAACCAGGAAAGCAGCCUAUAUUCACGUCUCAAGAAGAACACCAAUUUGUCGAAUGCAUCGUAGCGCUGGGAGAAUAUGGGUUCCCUAUCAACUCAAGGGAAUUGAGACACAUCAUCAAAAAUUAUUUAAGUCGCUGCGGAAGGGAAGUGAAAACCUUUCAGGAUAAUUUACCAGGACAAGAUUGGACAAAUGCCUUUAUAAUUAGACAUCCUGAAAUUUCAAUACGUUUUGCAGAAAAUAUCAAACGUACACGAGCUGCAGUGGAUGAACCGUUAUUAAGAAGCUUUUUCGAAAACCUGGCUGGUGAGUUGAAGGACGUUCCUCCAUCAAACGUUUGGAACUUCGAUGAAACCAACCUCACAGACGACCCAGGCAAAAAAAAGUCCUGGUUAAGAAAGGAACCAAGUAUCCAGAAAUUAUUAGAAAUGCAUCAAAAACAUCUAUCUCCAUCAUGUUCUGUGGUAACGCCGCUGGAGAACUGUUGCCUCCAUAUGUAG